ACAUACACACACACUCCUGUUUCUGUUUUCAUUUAGGCAUUUAGGAAAUAGUGUGCCAUAAAAGUGUUGAAUUGUUGCACCGUGGGGUGAUUUUGUGUUAGCGAUGGAGUUUGAGAGGGACUGUUAGCUGGAGCUUCUGGUGAUGGGUCUCCAGAGAGCAGGAGGCAGGAGAAGAAGGUGCCAGUGCAGAAAUAGGGAUGACGUCAUUAGAUGAAGAGCACAUCAGCGGUUCUUUAUCAUCCUUUAUCUGAAAAUGUACAAGUGCAGAAAGAUUCUGCAGGAACAGCUAAGCGAUGGUGCUCAAAGCCAUUUAGUGCAGCAGUAUUAUAUGACAGCAUCUGCUUUCUUUAUAAAUCCAUCCCACAAGUCAGAGCUUUUCUCUCUUUUUUAUUUUUUUGAUUACUCAGCGACAAUGGAAGCACUAUCAUGCCCCUGCAGUUGUUAUGUAAUUGCUACAGCUGAAGGUGACUGCUGGCUGUUCCUGCCUCCUCCUUGGCAGGUUGUGGCACUUUUGUUUCCAGUGACAGCAAAGUGAACCUGGCAUCAGUAUUCUGCAGCAUCAGUGGCCUUUUCCAUGGUCAGUUAAUCUUGUGUUUGUGUCUGUCAAGCCCAGUCCCAUCUGCAGUCUUCGAUUACAUCAGCACACACCUCUUUGCACACUGCAGUCCCUUUUAAGUGUUGGUAUUUUUCAAUUUUUUGUUUAGGAGGGGGGGUGCAGAAGGGGAUCGCAGAGAGAUGAAGGGAGUGAUUGCUUUUUACUGAUGAUUUAGGAGGAGGUCACAGAGCGAUGUCGCAAGUCCCAUAACUCACACUGCGUCCUUUACCCCGUUCACCUGCGUCAUAGAUGGAGAACUCUGCAGCGAUUGGCUCGUUUCUGGGGGUUUGUUGGUUGAGCUUGCACCUCCCACACUGCACCUCUGCAUCAAUUGUGUGAAUGAAAAGUCACGGUUGUUGUGCAAGUUUGUGAUUAAUGGUAUGUAUCCUGCUCUUUAUGCACAUUUACUUCCUUCUGGGUUUCACUUUUUCUGUUCCGAGUUGCACGUCACCAAGAGCAAAAGGAUAAAUAUGUUGCACUGAUUAAACGUCCAGAGAGGUUUGACCGGAUUUGACUCAGAGCUGUGUUUACCAAACGGGUUUUGUUUGGUCUGCCCGAGCGAUAGGUGGGGGUGGGAUGUUUAGGAUGUAUACAGAUGGGAGAGAUUGCUCCCUCCUCUUUUCUGUCUCCCCUGCAGUCCGCGCGGUACUGCCCAGCAGUCAGCAGUUUGUUUAUGGGACUCUGUUUGCCAGGCUAAUCUUCCCGCCUUUCAAGCGGGAGAGAGAGAGCGAGAGAGUGGAAGGGAGAGAAGGAGCAAGAGUGUGAAAGUGAGGCAGUUGCAGUAGUUGCCAGGGACACACUCAGAAGUGAGUUUGCUGCUGUGAUUUAUUUUAUUUUUAAAUAAAAGUUUCACGCGUGCGACGGCCCAUCUGCUUACGUGACCUGCGUUGUAUGGUGAAGAUCGCCUCAGCAGCUGUAUGCGCGCAGAGUGCUGCACUGGAGCUGGUGCACCUGUAGCCCAGUUUGCGGAAGAGGAGCGCAUAUUUAGGGGGUAGCAAAGGAGAAAAGGGGAGUGCUGGUCAGCACAUCAUCACCACCACUGCAGUUCUGCUUCAUCACCUGCUGGAUGGGGGUACUUGUGUGCUGCGACUGUUUCUUCUAUAGGAAGUCGAAGACGAAGCCGAAUGGAAAGAAGCCACCUGCAGAGGAGAAGAAGCUCUACUUGGACACGGAGUUCACAAAAAUCCGCGUGGUGGACUUUGACCUGAAGGAGCUGGUGGUGCUGCCCAGAGAGAUCGACCUCAACGAGUGGCUGGCUAGCAACACGACGACGUUUUUCAAUCUUAUCAACCUGCAGUACAGCACCAUUUCAGAGUUCUGCACCGGGGACACCUGUCAAGCCAUGACCGCCUGUAGCACAAUAUACUACUGGUAUGAUGAGAGGGGGAAGAAGACGAAGUGCACUGCUCCGCAGUACGUCGACUUUGUCAUGAGUCUGUGUCAGAAGCUGGUCACUGACGAGGAGAUCUUUCCUACGAAAUAUGGCAAAGAGUUCCCCAACUCGUUCGAGUCCUUGGUAAAGAAGAUCUGCCGGUACCUGUUCCACGUGCUGGCUCACCUCUACUGGGCGCACUUUAAGGAGACGGUGGCUCUGGAACUGCAGGGCCACUUGAACACUCUGUAUGCACAUUUCAUCGUUUUCGUAAGGGAGUUCAACCUGAUCGACCCCAAGGAGACCUGUAUCAUGGACGACUUGUCUGAAAUCCUCUGCAAUCCGGCGCCUCUCCCCGCACCUGUCCCAGCCCCCUCCACCCCGGCCUCGGCACCCCCUCCUUCUUCACAAAACCACGUGACGGAGAGAUGAACGGGGGGUCGCGGCGGCGGCUCCGGGGGUGAUAGAAGACAAGAGAAGAAAAGCUUGGCCCCUCUUCCUUGGUGCAAGCAGGAUUUAAGAGACCUUCCUUCAUGUUUCGCCACAACAUCGACCGACCAGCUAGAAGGAAAGAGGGGGAGGGUUUUCUGCAGGUUUGGGAUGGCGGGGAGGGGUUUGUCACGCCAGCAGGAAAUGGCGUGAGCGUUCCUCCCAGGGACAAAUCCCUCCCAUCUUCUCUGCAAUUUAAACUAGGAACAAGAAAGUAUGUGUAUAUUUUAUUUUUACUUAUUUCUGUUGGAAGUUUUAUUCAGUUGGAUUUUGUUGGUGUGUGUGCGUGCGUGCGUGCGCGUGUGUGUGUGUGUGUGUCCACCUCUGUCUGCCCUCUUAACAUGCAGCACAGGAAACGGGGCUCUGCUUUGCUUCUGCUGUCUGUAGCUCAGGUGUGGAGAAGAGGUGUCCCUGCUCACCUGCUGGCUCGUCCUCCUCGGAGACCGCCUGCAGGUGCAAGGCCACGUCGAUGGUCAAUAGGGAGCCACGUUACUGCCCAACUGGGCGAUGCUAGCCAAUCACUGUUUGGGUUGUUUAUGUGUGGGAUGAUUGAGGCGUUUCCUACUCAGGACUUGAGAGAAUAAGUCACUGCUGCCAGAGAGGAGUUCCUCUCACUUUCAUUCUCUUCAACGCUGGUUGUGUUUAACCGCACUAGACUCACAUAAUCACCCCCAACGAACAUGUCCCACUACCUACCUGUAGGGGGCAGCAGACAUGUGGAGAAGGCCUCAGAUUGUAUUCUAGAUGUUUAAUCUGAUCAGAGAGCAAAGAGGUGCACAUUUAGGACGAGUCACAGCUGUGUGUUUGUGUUGAGCACAGCAGCAGCCCCCUUUAAGCCACCACCACCCGCUCCAGCAGCACAGAAGGACAAAGACAUGAGGUCAUGUCUGCAGGCCCAGAGGGUCGGAGACGGAUCGGAGGGGUGGGGACGGCGGUGAAGCUGCUCUGCUGUAUAACAGUCACUUCCUGUUCGAAUCGUAGGUUGUUUUUUUUUACCAGACCCUUUAAAUUUCCUUUUUUUUUUUUUCAAGAAUAUCAUCAAAGGAAAGUUGCUUUGGAAAUAUGAACCUUGUCACACAUGUAUAGAAAAUGCACAGUCUGCUUGGACUUUACUGUACAAAGAAUCACAAGUGGGUUCCGUCAGAUAUAGCCUCUGUUUAGAGGAGGAUUGGAUUUAUGAUUCUCCUAUUUUAUUUAUUUUAAAUUUUUUUUGCAGGGUUCCUCAGUUCUGGCUCAUUUUUAUGUAUUUUAAUUAAUAACUAAGUUAAAAGCAAUUAAAUAUUUUAAGCUCUGCAGAUUAUAAUCUAAUAAAAGAGAAAUGCCA